AUGUUACUUCAUUUCAUUUGGAUGAUGAUGCUCACUUUUCAUACUGGAUCCUCUGAGGAUUUACUGAAACCACUUCAAGAUGUAAUGCUGGCUUUGGAAGGAGACAAUGUGACUCUCUCCUGCAAUUAUUCUGGAUCUGUAAACUACCUCUACUGGUAUCAACAGAAGUCCAGUUCGGCUCCACAUCUGCUCAUCAUGGAGUAUCAAGAGACAGUAGAAGGGUUUUCUUUGAAACAUGACGAACAAGCAAAAAUAUUUCAGCUACAGAUCUCCUCUGCUGCAGUGACAGACUCUGCUGUGUACUACUGUGCUCUGCAGCCCACCGUGGCCCGUGUUCAGGUGGCAUUUGCUAGUCCCCAUGGACCUUCUCUCCGGAUCCAGAGCCAUCUCGAGGCUUUCUCAGCUGCUUCAGUGAUGUUCUUGAUAGCUCUGCUCCUCGCUCCUCCUGUGAUGCCGAGCACACCGAGGGCUCUGUGGACUGACUCAGAGUUACUCAACACUGCAGAUAUGACGUCUCUGUUCAUCUCAGUGUUGCUGGCUGCUAUGUGCCUUGAAUGCAGAGCACAACAAGACAACGUGCUGCAGCCAAAAGGAGAUUUGACUGCUACUGAAGGACAGACAGUAACACUUGGAUGUCAAUAUAACACCAGUUCAACAAAUCAUUACCUCUUCUGGUACAAACAGGAUGGAAACAACAGACCUAAGUUCAUCCUGAGCCGCUUUAAAGUUGGUGAGGGGAAAACAGAGGACGAGUUUAAGGAAAGAUUUUCAUCUACGUUGGAUUCAACCUCAAGAUCAGUUCCUCUGAAUAUCCAGAAGCUGCAGCUGUCUGACUCUGCUGUGUACUACUGUGCUCUG